UUGCCUUUCCAGCUCUUCUGGAAGAACCCGCCCUGCCCUGGAUGGAGGCAGCUAUGCUCUCCACGACUCCCAGGCCCCCAGCCUGAGCUCAGAGGGUGAGACUUUCCCUUCGAGCCCCACCGGACACAACUGGGAGAUGAAUUAUCAAGAGGCGGCAAUCUACCUCCAGGAAGGUGAGAAUAACGACAAGUUCUUCACCCACCCCAAGAACGCCAAAGCGCUGGCGGCCUACCUCUUCGCACACAACCACCUCUUCUACCUGAUGGAGCUGUCCACCGCCCUGCUCCUGCUCCUGCUGUCGCUGUGCGAGGCGCCCGCUGUCCCCGCGCUCCGGCUCGGCAUUUACGUCCAUGCGACCUUGGAGCUGUUUGCCCUCAUGGUGGUUGUCUUUGAACUCAGCAUGAAGUUGCGGUGGCUGGGCCUCCACACCUUCAUCCGGCACAAACGGACCAUGGUCAAGACCUGCGUGCUGGUGGUGCAGUUCAUCGAGGCCAUUGUGGUGCUGGUACGGCAGACGUCCCACGUGCGGGUGACCCGGGCGCUGCGCUGCAUUUUCCUGGUGGACUGUCGGUACUGCGGCGGGGUCCGGCGCAACCUCCGGCAGAUCUUCCAGUCCCUGCCGCCCUUCAUGGACAUCCUCCUGCUGCUGCUCUUCUUCAUGAUCAUUUUCGCCAUCCUUGGUUUCUACUUGUUCUCCCCUAAUCCUUCAGACCCUUACUUCAGCACCCUGGAGAGCAGCAUAGUCAGUCUGUUCGUCCUUCUGACCACGGCCAAUUUCCCAGACGUGAUGAUGCCCUCCUACUCCCGGAACCCCUGGUCCUGCGUCUUCUUCAUCGUGUACCUCUCCAUCGAGCUGUACUUCAUCAUGAACCUGCUUCUGGCCGUGGUGUUCGACACCUUCAAUGACAUCGAGAAGCGCAAGUUCAAGUCUUUGCUGUUGCAUAAGCGAACCGCCAUCCAGCAUGCGUACCGCCUGCUCAUCAGCCAGCGGAGGCCUGCCGGCAUCUCCUACAAGCAGUUUGAAGGCCUGCUGCGCUUCUACAAGCCCCGGAUGAAUGCCGGGGAGCGCUAUCUCACUUUCAAGGCCCUGAAUCAGAGCAACACAGCUCUGCUCAGCCUGGAGGACUUUUACGAUAUCUACGAAGUCACCGCCUUAAAGUGGAAGGCAAAGAGAAAUAGAGAACACUGGUUCGAUGAGCUUCCCAGGACAGCAUUCCUCAUCUUCAAAGGAAUUAAUAUCCUCGUGAAGUCCAAAGCCUUUCAGUAUUUCAUGUACAUGGUGGUGGCAGUCAAUGGGGUCUGGGUCCUCGUGGAGACCUUCAUGCUGAAAGGUGGGAACUUCUUCUCCAAGCACGUGCCCUGGAGUUCCCUCGUCUUCCUGACCAUCUACGGCGUGGAGCUGCUCCUGAAGGUGGCCGGCCUGGGCCCUGUCGAGUACCUGUCCUCCGGCUGGAAUCUGUUCGACUUCUCCGUCACAGCGUUCGCCUUCCUGGGUCUGCUGGCUUUGGCCUUCAACAUGGAGCCCUUCUACUUCAUCGUGGUCCUGCGCCCUCUCCAGCUGCUGAGGCUGUUCAAGCUGAAAAAGCGUUACCGCAACGUGCUGGACACCAUGUUUGAGCUGCUGCCCCGGAUGGCCAGCCUGGGCCUGACCCUGCUCAUCUUCUACUACUCCUUCGCCAUCGUGGGCAUGGAGUUCUUCUGUGGCAUCCUGUACCCCAACUGCUGCAACACGAGCACCGUGGCAGACGCCUACCGCUGGCUCAACCACACCGUGGGCAACAGGACCGUCGUGGAGGACGGCUACUAUUAUCUCAACAACUUCGACAACAUCCUGAACAGCUUCGUGACCUUGUUCGAGCUCACGGUCGUCAACAACUGGUACAUCAUCAUGGAAGGCAUCACCUCUCAGACCUCCCACUGGAGCCGCCUCUACUUCAUGACCUUUUAUAUCGUGACCAUGGUGGUGAUGACUAUCAUCGUAGCCUUCAUCCUCGAGGCCUUUGUCUUCCGAAUGAACUUCAGCCGCAAGAACCAGGACUCAGAAGUUGACGGUGGCAUCACCGUCGAGAAGGAAAUGUCCAAGGAUGAGCUGCUCGCUGUCCUCAAGCUGUACCGGGAGGCCCGGGGGGCUGCCUCGGACAUCCCCCGGCUGCUCAAGAUCCUCUCCCAGAUGGAGAGAAAUGAGCAAAGCACCGUGGUGUUUCUGGGACGGAGAUCGAGGACCAAGAGCGAUCUGAGUCUGAAGAUGUACCAAGAGGAGAUUCAGGAGUGGUACGAGGAGCACGCCCGGGAGCAGGAGGAGCAGCAGCAGCAGCAGCUCUGCGGCCGCAGCGUCGCCGCCACCCAGCCGCCCCGGGGCCGCCGCCCGCGCUCCCAGACCUUCACCUAACCGCCGCUCACAGAAGCCAUCUCUUCUAUGCAAUAACACAAUAGUAUUAUUUUCCUACGAUGUAUCGAGAUGAUGUGUGUAUGUAUAGUAUGCACAUAUUCACAUAUUUAUAUAGAGAAAGAGAACGAGACAGACAAGGUGGGGUUUGGUGUGUGGCCACCUCGCCCCGUCUUCCUCAACCCCAGAAGUCGGUUUGCUCGGGGGCGGUGAGGCCCCGAGGGGCUCUUCCUAACAGAAAGCUCGGGAAGGCCCCUCAGCAGAAGGCCCCUGGUGGUCUCCGCGGGGCGGCCCUCCUUGCGCGCGUCCACACCCAGUCCGUCUUCCUGGCGCCGCUUUCAGACCCAGCCGACAGCUUCCCCCUAACCUCCCCUGCGGACCAAACCACUUAGGAAGGAAAGAGCCCCUGUCCUCAGGGCUCGUGCUUCUCUAGAUGUGAUCAUGUAAUGGGACGUUCCCCGGGGAACCCGUGCCCAGGGGGCAUCGGGGGCCUGAUGAUCCCGUGUGGUCAGAUCCCAGCGGCGCUGGGCAGCGAGGCGUGGUGUGGACGCCCCUGCUGCCCUGGCUCUGUCACCUUCUGGAACAGCCACUUGUUGCUGGAAAUCCUAACAUGGCCUUGUUUGGCGUCCAGGCCCGGUAAGGGCAGGAGAGCAGGGGACAGGGCCAGUUCCUGGCAGGGGCGUUCUCCACCAAACCCCUUCCCUGCUGUGACCAUCCUGUCCAGGCGCAAAGGCAUGUUGGUUAGUUCAGCUUCAGCUGCAGACAAGACAGAUCCUUAGGGCCCGCUGCUUGGAACCGAGCGAGGAGCACCGAGGUCCCGUGGGCCUCAGCAGCCCUGUGGCUGAACCCCCGGGUCUCAGUGGGAGCAGUGGUUGGUGCAGAAGCUGGUUCAAGUGAACCCGCAGGUCCCGAGUUCCCCUGGUGCCCUGGGGCGUUCUCAGAUUCGUGGUCGGGGUAGGACCCGUGCUCGAAUCCAGAGCAGGCGGCCAGGGUUGGCAGCCCUGGUGGGUGGUGGCACAACCAACUCAGAGGAGGGAGCUCGGGUCCAGCUCUCCUGGGCUGCAAACCUUCCAUGGUGCAGAAGGCAGACGCAGUGGGAUGCAGGGGUGGAGGGGCAGGGGCAGCCCCCGCUGGGCAUCCUGGUCCAACCCCACCCCUCCAGCUGCCUCCACAGCGUCCUGUGACUUAGGAGGGCCAGUGGGCAGAGGGUCUCUUUGCCAUAUACUCUUCCCAGCAGGGCAGGGCCUGGCGCCUGUGAUACAGUACCCAGCUCCCCACACCCUCUCCAAGGCCACGCCUGACCCCUUGGCCCACACUGCACAGCUCUGCCCUCCCCAGGGGAGAAUGGUGGGCAUUCUCGUUUUCUAAGCACAGCCCAUGGAGGACACACAAAUCACCGGGAACCACGGAGAUUCCCUCCGGGAUCAGGAGGCUGAUGUCCUGUCUCUGGAGGGCCACCAGCCAUCACGGGCAGCUCGGCACCGAGCCCCCGCCCCUUCCCAAACCCCUUUUCCCUCUCCAGAGAAGAAACUUCAUUUGCACAACUGGGUGCCUUGUUGCUUUCGUGUACUGAAACGGGCAUUUUGGAAGCAGGAGUCAAGGGGCAGCUUCUGACCCGAGGAGGCCUCAUUGUGGUCCCUUCCUCUGCCCCCAGGGGCUGCAGACCUGGGAGGGGCACCAGGGUCCUUGAAGCCCCCAAGUGUGAGGGUGGUACCAGGAAGGGGUGGGUCUAAGCUAGUCCUAGGCCUGUCCUGGGAAAGGCCCGGGUGUAGCCACAAUGGGAUGAAUUCAAAGGGCCAAUGGUGCUGAAGGGCCAGGCUCUGGCCACUGGUCGGCACCUUCGUCCCUUAGGCUAAAGACAGCUGUCCCCUCGGGGUGCCCUGUGGCCUGGUCGCGCUUUCACACAGGUUCCGGGAGCAGGUGUCACCCAGGGCUGAGCUCUGAGGGGCCCAGGACAUCAUCCAGCUCAGACGCCCUCACUUCCCAUGUCAUAGUUGAGCGAAACCAAGCUGAGACGGACCCACCCUGGGUCAAGCCACCUGUCGUGGCUGUGGCGGCCCUGUGCCCCUGCCCCGCUUGGGUGGGACCCCACCUGGCCCCUCAUCCUUGCUUCCUUCCCCCACCCAGCCUUACUCCUCACACGCGACAAUCAUUUUGUACGGAUAGCGGGAACGACCCUGUAAGGUUUUGUACACCGGUGAUUUGUUACCUAGAAAACCCACUGUGUCUCCGGACU